AUGAGUUCGUCCUGGACCGACAGUCAAAACAAGCUUUUCGAGAGUGCGCUGGCAAUAUAUGACAAGGACACACCAGACCGCUGGCACAAUGUUGCACGAGCAGUUGGUUGUGGAAAGACCGCUGAGGAUGUGAAGAGGCACUACAAAUGGCUGAAGAAGGAUGUGCGGCAAAUUGAAUCUGGAGAAGUCAGUCAAGGAUCCCACUCCAGCAGCUCCGGUGGUAGUGGAAGCAGCAGCAAUUCUUGUGGCGGGAACAAUGGUGACAAGAGGUAG